CAUUGCUCACAGGUGAGUUCACCAACAGCCACUGCUGAUGAUGGAGGCCAUUAAGAAAAAGAUGCAGAUGCUGAAGUUGGACAAGGAGAAUGCUCUGGAUCGGGCAGAGCAAGCAGAAGCUGAGCAGAAGCAGGCAGAAGAAAGAAGUAAACAGCUGGAGGAUGAGCUGGCAGCCAUGCAGAAGAAACUGAAAGGGACGGAGGAUGAACUGGACAAGUAUUCUGAAGCUUUGAAGGAUGCCCAGGAGAAGCUGGAACUGGCUGAGAAGAAGGCAGCUGAUGCUGAAGCUGAGGUGGCCUCUUUGAACCGUAGGAUCCAGCUGGUUGAAGAGGAGCUGGACCGUGCUCAGGAGCGCCUGGCCACUGCCCUGCAAAAGUUGGAGGAAGCUGAAAAAGCUGCUGAUGAGAGUGAGAGAGGUAUGAAGGUUAUUGAAAACCGAGCCUUAAAAGAUGAAGAAAAGAUGGAACUCCAGGAAAUCCAACUCAAAGAAGCUAAACACAUCGCAGAAGAGGCAGAUAGGAAGUACGAAGAGGUGGCUCGUAAGUUGGUGAUUAUUGAGGGAGACUUGGAACGCACAGAGGAACGAGCUGAGCUGGCAGAGUCCCGUUGCCGAGAGAUGGAUGAGCAGAUCAGACUGAUGGACCAGAACCUGAAGUGUCUGAGUGCUGCUGAAGAAAAGUACUCUCAAAAAGAAGACAAAUAUGAGGAAGAAAUAAAGAUUCUUACUGAUAAACUGAAGGAGGCAGAGACCCGUGCUGAGUUUGCUGAGAGAUCGGUAGCUAAGCUGGAAAAGACAAUUGAUGAUUUGGAAGAUGAGCUCUAUGCCCAGAAACUGAAGUACAAGGCCAUUAGCGAGGAGCUGGACCACGCCCUCAAUGACAUGACCUCUAUAUAACUGUCACCGUUUCAGCUCUGUUCUGGAUCAGCUCCCUUUCCUUGGGGAACCCAACGUCCCACUUGCUCUGGAUUCCAUUUGGGUCGCCUUGGCUGGUCCCCAAUACAUUACGAUGGGGGGGGACACAAAGCAACUUAUGUAUUCUCUUCCACCCCCACUCCCCUAAUUAAAAUGAAGCUACUGGAAGCCUCAUGCCACCCUGCAUUUGUGUCAUUGGCAAAGCUGCUGUUGCUAAGCAGGAGCCUUGGGGGUGUGAUGUAGCUAUGGUAAGACUUUCCUCUGAUUUAUAUAAUCAAAGCCACUUUUGUGUGUGUCCAUUUUUUCUUGACAUUUAUACUAUUUGAGUCCAUUAAUAUGGACUAGUGGGGUGGCAGCUCUAGUUUUACCACUCAAGCUGAACAAGAUCAUCUAAGUCCUUUACUUCCAGGUUCUUAAACCAUCUCAGCUGGAAUGUUGCCAUCUCUUCAUCAAACUCACCUCCUUUGAUAUAGUGUGGUUGAGAGACCAGUGAAGUGCCACUCAAUGCAUAUUUUCUACCCUCCUACCAGUGGUUCAAGUGGUGUAUCCUCAGAACACCUGGCGGACCCACUAAAAUCAACUAAUUACAUCAUCCCAAGUCACAGGAAAACUAUAUUCAGUAGUUGUGUGUUUUCUUCUUUAAGCCUCUCUUACAUAUUUGAGGGUUAUUACUAUUUUAUUUGUCUGCUGUUAUUUGCUAGUGGAAUAUAAGACAAGUGAUAAAUGAUUAUGGGAAAGCUGAAACAACCAGUCAUGCAUAUUUCAAAUAUGUGUGUAAGGUCGUGAUAAUGUAUUACAUACAUGAAUAUGGUAAAUUUCUGCUGGUGAAAUUGUUCCCAGUUUGUGUUAUGGAAUUAAGUAUCAAUGUUUUGGAAAGUACUAUUACAAUUUACACAGCAGACAGGGUUCAGACUGCAUAGUGUACCUAUCAGUUGUACUUAUCUAAGCAUCUGUGUGUUACAGUACUUAUUACUCUAGUUUCUCAGCAGAAUAUGUAUUUGAAACUGGUUUUUCUUUUAAACAGAUACAAAUAAGUAAAAUUUUUUCCUAAUUUAAACUUUAGGUCUCAUUGAGUUCAGAUUUUUUUUCAGUUCAUACUAUUUCUUCCUGAUAUAUAGCCUUUGAGAUUAAGAUAAGGUGUCCUUUAUUUAGCUGACACUUACUGGUGUCUUGUAGGCACAGGGUAAUUAGGUGGGGGCAGAAAUAAAGAUGGAGGCACCAUCCCUACUCUGGGGUUGCUCAAUUAGUAGAAGAGAGGCAUGUAUAGAAAACUAAAAAUGAUGUGUGGUAAGUGUAACAAAUAAUAAAGUGUGGGAUUUAGAGGGGGCAGGAGACUGAUUCCACCAGGGAUGAUUAAGAGUCUCAUGGCAGGAGGCACAUAAUAGAUACUUAAUAAACAUGUUAAAGCUUGCCUCUUUGUUUUUACUGUGUUCUAAAAGAUUGAAUUCUCAACAGAGUUCUCUUGGGGAGUAGUGGAUAUUAAACAUUUCAGUCAAAGAGAAAUGAAAAGCAGCAGCAGAGAUAGAGUUGGGAAGGGUGUGGUAAAAGUGGUUUUUAGAUAGAAUAGGUGUUGUAGGUAAUGAGGAUGCCACUGGAGAUUUUGGACAAGGAUAUGUUUCUGGUCUGAGUAGCAUAUAGGAAGAGUUAAUUUGGCAGCUAAGUUAAGAAUAUAUUGGUACAGGAGCGUUUUGUGCAAGUGAUCCAUUAAGAUGAUGAUUAGUCCAAAUUUCAAUCACUGACAUCACUUGUAAUGAUUUUUGCCCAUGUUCAUAUACUG